AUGAAGUUCUUCAUUGAUGAUUUACCGAUUAUUUUCCCGUAUGACCGAAUAUAUCCAGAGCAAUACAUGUACAUGUGCGAUCUGAAGCGCACACUGGAUGCAACGGGACACUGUGUUUUGGAGAUGCCGUCGGGCACAGGGAAGACCGUAUCGCUUCUGUCCUUGAUUGUCUCUUACCAACAGUUCUACCCUACCAAGCGCAAGCUAAUAUAUUGCUCGCGUACUGUCCCCGAAAUCGAGAAAGCAUUGGCCGAGCUCAAGAGACUGAUUGAAUACCGCAUCAAGUACGCGGAGAACGAAGAAAGCGCAGCGAAGGAACGUAAUUUCAUGGGCCUCGGCCUGACCAGUCGCAAGAACUUGUGUAUUCAUCCGGACGUGUCAAAGGAGAAGAAGGGCAAUGUUGUUGAUGCACGGUGCAGAGACCUGACGAAUUCGGCCAACUGCGAGAAGGGGCGGGCCAAUCCAGGUUCUACCGAACUAUGCGACUGGCAUGAAAAUCUUGGGAAACUGGAACCGGGAAGCCUCAUCCCAGCCGGAAUAUGGACACUGGCAGACGUCCUAGAGUACGGCAGAGAGAAAGGAAUAUGUCCUUACUUCGCAGUUCGCAGAAUGAUGCCUUUCGUCGACAUCAUUAUAUACUCGUUCCAUUACCUCCUAGAUCCAAAGGUUGCAGAUCAGGUAUCAAAAGAGUUUUCCAAAGACGCUAUAGUUGUAUUCGACGAGGCCCACAACAUCGACAAUGUUUGCAUCGAGUCUCUCAGCAUCGAUAUCACUCGUCCCAUGCUUGACUCGGCCGUUCGCAGUGUUACCAAACUCGGAGAGAAGAUCGAAGAGAUCAAGACUACUGAUGCCGCAAAGCUGCAGGACGAGUACUCAAAGCUCGUAGAGGGCCUCCAAGAGGGAAUGUCAGAAGAGAAUGACGAAGACUCAUUCAUGGCUAAUCCAGUGUUACCGGAUGACCUUCUCAACGAGGCUAUCCCUGGCAACAUCCGGAAAGCCGAGCACUUUGUGGCGUUUUUAAAGCGAUUUGUCGAAUAUUUGAAGACUAGGAUGCGUGUACUGCAUGUUGUGGCGGAAACGCCUUUGUCCUUCCUACAGCAUCUUAAAGACAUUACUUAUAUCGAGCGGCGGCCACUACGGUUUUGCGCCGACCGACUGCAAUCACUGGUCCGCACUCUGGAGGUCAGCCGUUUGGACGAGUACUCGGCCCUUCAGAAGGUUGCAAGCUUCGCCACACUUGUGUCCACCUACGAGAAGGGGUUUCUUCUCAUUCUUGAACCGUUCGAGACCGAUAAUGCGACCGUGCCCAAUCCCGUCUUCCAUUUUACAUGUCUUGAUCCCUCCUUGGCCAUCAAGCCAGUCUUCGAGCGCUUCAGCAGCGUAGUCAUUACAUCAGGGACUAUCUCCCCGUUGGACAUGUACCCGAAGAUGCUGCAGUUUACCCCCGUGGUACAGGAAACGUAUCCCAUGACGCUGACGAGAAAUGCCUUUCUACCAUUGGUCAUUACUCGUGGAAGCGACCAGGUCGCCAUCAGCUCGCGUUUCGAAGUCAGGAACGACCCAGCUGUGGUUCGCAAUUUUGGAAGUAUCCUCGUUGAAUAUAGUAAAAUCGUCCCAGAUGGCAUAGUGGCUUUUUUUCCAAGCUAUCUCUACAUGGAAUCGAUCGUAGCCGCAUGGAAUGAUAUGGGUAUCCUGAACGAAGUGUGGAAAAACAAACUCAUUUUCGUCGAAACACCUGACGCAAAUGAGACAAGCAUUGCGUUAGAGAAUUACCGUCGGGCUUGUGACAAUGGCCGUGGUGCUGUGCUUCUGUCGGUAGCCCGAGGGAAGGUAUCAGAAGGGAUCGAUUUCGACCACAACUACGGACGUGCUGUCAUCAUGUUUGGGGUGCCAUAUCAAUACACGGAGAGUCGCAUCCUCAAGGCCAGACUGGAGUACUUGCGGGAUGCGUACCGAAUUCGAGAGUCGGAAUUCCUCGGCUUCGACGCUAUGCGAAACGCAGCACAGUGUGUAGGGCGUGUCUUACGCGGUAAGACAGAUUGGGGGCUCAUGGUAUUCGCGGACAAGCGCUUUGCCAGAGCCGACAAGCGAGCCAAGCUGCCACGGUGGAUAAAUCAGUAUAUCACUGAGACCUCUUCCAAUCUAUCCACCGACAUGGCCAUCACUCUAUCCAAGCUCUUCAUGCGCACGAUAUCUCAAAAUCCCAAUGAAAAUCAGACAGGUAUCUCAUUAUGGACUAUUGAGGACAUCAAUAAGGCGCAAGAAAAGCAAAAGGCACUGGGUUUAGAGCAACGACAACAAGACAGGGACACAGGAAGCAUUGACGAUGGAUACGAUGAUGGGGGAAUAGAAGACCAGAUGUUAGUCGACCUGGAUGUAUAG